AAAGCUGAGUGAGAAGCACCAGACCAAUGGACAACUCGCUCACUUAUUUAACGUGGCCCCAAGCAAACUGAUCGCGGGACAUGCAUUGAAUAUUUCACACGAACCGCCUCGUUUUUUUUUUUCCGUCGCUCCGGUUGCUUUUUAAAAAUUCGUGUGAGGAGCCGGCAGCCUCGAUUCUUCUUUGAAAGAUUGAACGGCCGUUUCGCAUCCACGAAAGGAAAGUGUUUCCCUACCCAAGAUGCGCGUCGUGACGCUCGUAUUGCUAUCAAUUUCACUAUUUCGCGCCCUCCAACACGCCCGUGGAUACAGUAUUCUGGGUAUUUGUCCGAGCACGAGUUACAGUCACCAACAACCCUUUCAAGCAUUGAUGAAAGCAUUGGCGGCUCGUGGCCAUAGGGUUACCGUCGUAUCAACAAUUCCUCUAAAGAAUCCUCCGUCAAAUUACGACAAUGUUGACUUAUCAUUUUCGUAUAAAAAGAAAGAUUGCACCGGUUUAAGGCAUAUGGGAGCUUACACAUUGCUGCACAAAAAUAUGUGGGAAGCGAAUAAACUAUGCAGGGAACAAUUGUUCAGUCGUGCCAUCGACAAUCUUGUAGCGAGUAAUAAGACGUUCGACGCAGUCAUUAUAGAACAAUUAUGGUUCCAGUGUUAUUACGCCCUCGUAAAGUAUUACAACUUUCCGGUGCUGAUGGGAUUUUUGAGCGUGGGCAAUUUGCCUUACGUGAUGGAUUCCGUGGGAAAUCCAGAUGAUCCUAGUCUUAACCCAGACAUGGCGUAUCCAUUUACGAACAGAAUGGCAAUCAAAGAGCGUAUAUGGAAUAUCCUUUACACAACGUGGACAAGAUUGUAUUACCGAUACUGGCACUUGCCGAGGGCCCAACGCAUCGCUAAUGAAUGGUUGCCCGGUACAUCCGUCUACGAUAUCGAUAAGAACUACAGCCUGGUGAUUCUGGGCAACAAUCACGUGUUUGGUUAUCCGAAACCACUACUGCCACACGUAAUCGAAGUUCACAGUUUACAAAUAUCAGAAGAACUCGAGUUACUGCCUGAGGAGAUCCAAGAGUUCUUGAACAAUGCUCGGGAUGGCGCCAUUUAUUUCUCUCUGGGCUCGAACCUGCAAACUCACCAGCUACCCAUCGGGCUUUUGACCGCAUUGUGCAACGCCCUGGGCUCGCUCAAGCAAAGAGUUCUAUGGAAACAUGACGGACACAUGGCCAUUCAUCCGGCCAACAUCAAAUUUGUGAAGUGGGCGCCCCAGCAAGCGGUCCUCGCGCAUCCCAGAGUGAUGGCGUACGUGAUGCAAGGCGGAUUGCAGUCGUUGCAAGAGGCAGUACACUAUUCCGUGCCGGUAGUCGCAAUACCUUUUUUCGGGGAUCAACUUUUCAACGCACGUAAAAUCCUAGACGCUGGUAUUGGACUGAAACUGAACAUCGAUACCCUGACUGAGGACUCCGUCGUACAAACGCUCGUGGAAAUCGUCAAAAAUAAAACAUAUCUGAACAAUAUUAAAAAAAUGUCGGCAAUUGUGCGAGACGAAUUGGUAAAACCUAUGGAGAAAGCAGUGUGGAAUAUAGAACAUGUGCUAAAGUUUCCAAACUCGAAACACUUACGAUAUCAUUGGCAUGACAUGUCAUGGAUAGAUUAUAGCGCACCGUUUCUAUGCUUGACUAUAUGUUUUGCUUGUUUGCUGAGUAUAUUUCUCGCUUGUAUUUGCGUACUUUAUAUCGGAAUUAAUAAUUUUAUUAAAACCAAAUGGAUAGAUAAAAAACAAAAAAAAAUGUAAAAAUUCAUUGUAUAUUAUUACUAACUAUACGAAUUGAGUUUCUUAUACUAUUCUUGAUUGUACUAUGAGAUGGAAUAUAUUAUCAAUUUUUUUGUAUCAAAUAUAUUUCUCAUUGUAAACAUUAUUACAUUUUUAUUCCAUCUUAAUCUUCUUCUGCGUGAAUAUGUUCA